CUCAGCCAUGGCCGCCGGCCCCGCGUCCCACGGCGGGCUCCCCCGCGCGCAGAGGCCGCAUCUGAGCAAGAUGGAGCGGAUGGUCGUGAGUAUGCAGGACCCCGACCAGGGCGUGAAGAUGAGGAGCCAGCGCCUGCUCAUCACCGUCAUUCCUCACGCAGUGACUGGCAACGACGUCAUGGAGUGGUUGAUCCACAAGUACUGCAUCACAGAGGAGGAGGCCCUGCACCUGGGCACCCUCCUAGUGCGGCAUGGCUACCUAUACCCACUGCGAGACCCCUGCCACCUCGAGCUCCGGCUGGAUGAAACGCCCUAUAGGUUUCAGACGCCCUAUUUCUGGAUGAGCACCCUGUGGCCAGCCGCUGAGCUGGACUAUGCCAUCUACCUGGCCAAGAAGAACAUCCGAAAGCGGGGGGGCCUGUUUGACCACGAAAAGGAGCACUAUGACCAGCUGCACAGGAAGAUCAGCCACACGUGGGACCUGGUAGUGAUGCAGGCGAGAGAGCAGCUGUGGGCAGCUAAGCAGCGCAGGAAGGGGGACAGGCUGGUCAUCGCAUGCCAGGAGCAGACGUACUGGCUGGUGAACAGGCCCCCGCCCGGGGUCCCCAGCGUGCUGGAGCAAGGUCCAGAGCGGAAUUCCUGCACUGCGGGGCGAGUGCAGAUGACCAAGACCGUGGAUUUCUACAGGCGGGAGGUCGAGUGCUUACGAAAGGCACUGGGCAGGGCCCGGGUGAAGUCUUCCGUCUGCCUCGAGGCGUACCUGAAAUUUAGCAGCCAGCGUGGGCCGCACGACCCCAUCAUGUCGGGGUGCCUGCCCAGCAACCCCUGGGUCACAGACAACGAUACCUACUGGGCCAUGAAUGCACCCAGCGCGGCCGUGCCCACAAGGCUCCGUGUGGAGCAGUGGGCCUUCAGCUUCCGGGAACUCUUGGAAGACCCUGUGGGACGGGCCCAUUUCAUGGACUUUCUCAGUAAAGAGUUCAGUGCUGAGAACCUCAGCUUCUGGGAGGCCUGUGAGGAGCUGCGCCACGGAGGGCAGGCCCAGGUCCCCGCCCUGGUGGACGCCGUGUACCAGCAGUUCCUGGCCCCCGGUGCUGCCCACUGGGUCAACAUUGACAGCCGGACGAUGGAGCGGACGCUGGUGGGCCUGGGCCGGCCGCACCGCCAUGUGCUGGACGAUGCCCAGCUGCAUAUCUACAUGCUGAUGAAGAAGGACUCCUACCCGAGGUUCCUGAAGUCGGAUUUGUACAAAGACCUGCUGGCGGAGGCUGUGGUUCCCCCGGAGACCAAGCGACGGUCAGCCAGGUGGUGCCCAGGGAGGCAGGUGGGAUGCCGGGGGUGGCGCCCUGUGCUCAGGCCCCUUCGUCUCCACAGGGUGUUCCCGUUCAUGCGGAAGCCGCGCCAUUCCAGCCCCAGCCCUGCUCUCCUUCCUGCCUCUGCCUCCAGGGAGCCCUCGGGUGGUGACGGGGAGGCCUAGGUGGGCCUGGGAAGGGGCAGAAUGGGGCCAUCUUGCCCUCAUCAACUCCUCUUGCCCAGGGUCCUUGCAGCCACUGAGACUCCCUGGCGCGGGAGUCCCCUCAGACCCCGAGCGCCCGGCCUUACGGGGGCACCGACCUCUGUGGCUUCCACCUUUCCCCUUGUCACACCCUUCCCCAGAAGGGGCUGUUCGGGUGCUGAUUCCCAGGGCAGGGGUGCCCUGGACUGAGACAAGAUGGCAGCACACCUGGCAUUCCACGCUGGUUCCCACCCCGCCGGUGACUCCCCGGGCAAGAUUCAUAGUCAGGUGGCUGCCAGCAGGGCGCGUGGGCAUGCAGGGGGAGGUGCUGCUCCCACUGGGCCGCGGCCUCUCCGCCUCCGUGGCCACCCGAGGCCCAUGGCUUCUCCCCAGUGUUGUACAGAGAUGGCUCCAGCAUCGUUGCUCCUCCAACAGCCAGCCCUGGUUCACAGCCAGGGCGGCAGAGCCUCUGGGGAAAGACACCAGGGAGUCCCCACUCCGAGGGCCCCCCGAGACUCAGCUGCUCCUUUGGGAGUACAGCCAGACUGGCUCAGCUGGGGCAGCGCCACCCCUCCCUCAGGGCUGCCCACACCCUCCCGCUCCCAGCGCAGAAAUAAAAGACCUUUGGGUCCUCACUCUGAGCCUGUCCUGCUGUGGUCCAAAUCAUGGUGGGUGCACAUGUGGUGGGUGUGCUUGUGGUGGGUGUGCAUGCACGUGUGGGUGAGGAAUGCACUGGUGAGGGAGGUGGUGAAGGACAACAGGAAGUUCAGGUGUCAGAGGCAGUGGGUGGAGGAUCCCUUGUGUGGGGUCUGUAGGCCUUGGGCUGGGCUCAGGCUGCAGACUUGGGGAGACAGUGGGGAGCUUGUGCUCUGGUGGCACACGGAUGCCUGAGUCUUCCAGGGGAGAGUGAGCAGAGUCCAGGAGGCUGUCUGGUGUUGAACCCAGCCUCUCCAGGGUCAGCUGUGCCCUAAGACAUCACAGUGACAGGGAGCACAGUGCGGGCUUUAUUUACAAGUCCAGGGUGCACUGGUGAGGUUGUCUCCGGGGCGGCCCAGACCCCAAACUCCUGCACAUCAUCCUGGAACCUAAAGGCUGGUCCCCGCCCAGAGCCGGCUCCUCCAUCCUCUGCUGUGGACCCAGACCUGGGCCCUUGGGCCCGGGUGGCUUCUCACAGGGACACGGAAUCCAACCCCUCAACCUCAGCCUUGUUGUUGCCUCCCAGGCCUUCACAAGGAGAAACAGACCUGGUUCUGGAAGCAGGCUUGUCACACGUAAGCGCCUUCAGGAAAUUCCUGCAGGAUUCUCCACAACAGCCCCCAUCACUUUGGUAACCCAAACCUUUGUCUCACUGAAGCCCCCUGGGCUCCUGCUGCCUGGGCGGCUACCAGAGCUCAGUCCUGGAGGACACAGGUGCUGGGGGGGACCCCCUGCCUGUCCCGGGUGGGAGAGUGCCCACAGGCUGGGUUCCUAGCCUGCUGUGGGUGAGCAGGGUGGGAACCACAGACCUGAGAUGCACUUGGAGGCCGUGCUGGACGCUCCCAGUCUCUGAUUGGGUGGUGUGGGUGCUGGCCUCACCUCCCCAGCAGCCUUUCCCACUGAUCCAGCAGACAAACACAGGCACACAUGGGGCUUUCCAGACAGUGCAAAACCAGUG